CUAUAUGCUAAAAUACAACUCAGCCGGCUGAACAAGGGAGCAGAGCACUAUUUGGAGCCUCGAUCAGAUUUUCUUGUGGUUCGAAAUCACAAUGGCUACGACAACAGCAGGUGUCGGUGGAGAUAAAAGAUGGUCUCUCGUCGGAACAACUGCCCUUAUUACCGGAGGUACCCGGGGCAUAGGGCAAGGGAUUGUGGAAGAGUUAGCAGGGUUCGGAGCAUCGGUCUAUACAUGUUCCCGUAGUCAGAAUGAUCUUGAUCAACGUUUAGCAGAAUGGAAAAGCAAAGGCUUCACGGUUUCAGGAUCGGUCUGUGACCUGCAAUCACGAGCCCAACGAGAGCAACUAAUGGAAUCCGUGGCAUCUGAAUUUGGUGGAAAGCUCAAUAUCCUUGUGAAUAACGCUGCAAUGAUUGUCGUCAAAGAGGCAACGGAAUUCACUGCAGAAGAUUUCUCCAGCAUAAUGGGGACCAACUUUGAGGCCUCUUAUCAUCUCUGUCAGCUUGCACAUCCAUUACUGAAAGCAUCAGGAACCGGGAACAUUGUGUUCAUCUCUUCAGUAGCUGGUGUUGUAGCUUUCCCACGUAACUCUAUUUAUGCAUCCGCCAAAGGAGCUAUGAACCAGCUGACGAAGAAUUUGGCAUGCGAGUGGGCAAAUGAUAAUAUCCGUGUCAACAGUGUUGCGCCCUGGAUCAUCAGAACUCAACUCAUUGGAAUGAUGAGAGAGGAAGAUCUACAGGGCUUGGUAUCACGAACUCCAUUCGGCCGCCCAGGAGAAGUUAACGAGGUUUCUUCACUAGUGACAUUUCUUUGCCUUCCUGCAGCUUCAUAUAUCACUGGCCAGAUUAUUUGCGUUGAUGGAGGCCAUACAGUCUGCGGUUAUUGAUGGUUUAUGUUCUUCCUAUACGACUUUAUGUGUUUUAUUACAAGAGAUUGGCGUUGAUGGUUUUAGAAGUCGAAUGAAGUUCUUUCAAAUUCAGUUUCAAAUGAAAUAAGUUGAUCUUUCCCAGGUUCAAUUUGGGUAA